CAAAUAUUCAUCUUACUUUCUUGAUAUUGUUGUCUGCUCUUUUUGUUCCUUUCCCUUUGCAGAAUACCCGUCUAAAUUUAUUGUAGUUGCCACUUUAUUUUGAAUGAAGGUUGUCUUUUAGCCUUUCCAUGGCAAAAUGGCGGCUUCGCACUACGCCGCCAGCAGAACUACCUCUCUCCACCACCGCCACCGCCAGUUGACCUCUGAAACACCCAAUCCCAGGAAACGCGUUUUAUUGAUUUCCUGCUUUUCCACUUCAUUCCCGGAUAAACCCACCAGAAGAAAAAAUCGCCUCCGUCAGAAAAUCCUUGAAACCUUUAGAAAACCGAUUAUCCCCGAGGCUCCUCCUGCAAACCCUGAUGUCCCCAUUGAUUCCUCACCCAUCCAAGAGUCUGGUAAUAUUCAGGAAGUGCAAGAAUCUGACAAGUCCAGGAAUUCAGAAGCUGGAAAUGAAGAAGUUCAAGAAUUCGAAGAAAUGAGGGAGGUUGAGGUUUCAAUGCCUGCUGGAGGUAGUGUUGAUAGAAGUAUUGGUGUAUUAGCUAAAAAUUCAAUCUUGAAAUACGGGUUGUGGUUGGUUGGGGCUUUUGUCUUCCAGACCGUUUGUGCUACUUGGGUUUUUGGUUCUGCUGGUGUUGACAAUAAAAAUGAAUUAUUCGAUGGGGAUGAGAAGAAUUCAGUUCUUGAAGUGGGAGGAAACGAAGGUAAAUCAAGGGUGAGAAUUGUUUUGAACGGAAAAAUGGGGGUGGAGAAUAGUGCCCUUAACUCAAUUAUUUAUGUGGAUGAGUUGGAAAUGGAGAGGAAAAUUGAGGAAAUUCGGGCAAUGGCAAGGAAGGCGAGGGAAAAGGAAAGACUAGAGUCCAAGACGAAUGGUUUUGAAGGUGAGGACAAUGAGGAAACUAAUGGGGGAAGAUCUCUUAAAAGUGGGAUUGAGGAGGAGGUUGACAACCGAUUGGAUAAGUUGAGAAAAAAGUUAGAAAAUGCUCGUAAGAAAAUACCAGUGGCAUCAGUUGGGUAUUCAAGGAAGGAAAAGGAUGAGGUUGAGAAGGGUGAAUUGGAUGAGACAGGGGCCAAUGGGGCUUUUUUAUUUAAGAAGAAGUAUAAAUUCAAAGGUUCGGCUAGUGAUCCAACAGAGAAACCAAAGGGUUUUAUAGGUUCAGAUGAUUUCUCGGUUAAUAAGUCUAAGGAAAGUGGAAAUGGGGAGAAGGGGUAUGAGUAUUUUCAAAGUGGGAAUCAUGAUAAUGAUGCAGUUAGUUUAGGUGAUGGGGAAAAUCAGCCACAACUGUCUGGUGUUGAUCCAAAGGGCAGUGAUGCAGUUAAAGUGGUGGAAGAGGAUAGAAUGAAAGGCAUGUCAGAGAUGACUGAAUCCAGUAAGACUACAAGGAAGAAGGUGGGGAAAGAAAGAGGUACAAGCAAGCGAGGAAAGGGAAAAGGUGAACCGAAACCGAAGGUGAUAGAUGGCAUUGCUAAUUCCAGGUCUGCCUUUGAAGCAGUAGAAGCUGGGAAAUCAAAUGCUGAGGCUGUGAGGUCAAGAAAAUCUAGUGCUCAGAACAUGAACGAGGAGAAACUGUCGACUGAUAGUUUAAAAGGCAAAGGAUUUGGAGUUGCUAAAUCAGCAGUAAAACGCAAUAGUGAGACUGACUUUUGGUGGUCAAAACUUCCUUAUGUUCUGGCUAUACUUAUGCAAAGAGGCCAUGAUGGACCCGGUGAAGGACUUUAUACAUUGAAAAACAUUUCUAGUGCAGAGGAUCGAAUAUCUCAUGUGGUUGCUUUUGAGGACCGUGCUGAUGCCAACAAUUUCUGCUAUCUCCUUCAAUCCUUCUUUGAAGAUCUGGAAGACUUCAAAGCUGAUGUUGUUCCAUUAACAGUAAAGGAAGUAAAUGAAGCAGUUGAAUCAAAUACCAUGAGAGUGAUUGUUGUCAAGAAAGGGCAACUUAAGCUGUACGCAGGACAACCACUUGUGGAUGCUGAGACAGCACUACGUGCUCUGAUUUAGCAAGACCUAGGGCCAGCGUAAUGCCUCUAUUUCCCACUCAAUUGUGGCUCAAGGAACACCAGCGACGCAGCAGUUUGAAAUUACAAGAUCUUGCAUUUCUGAAGCAAACCCCGAGAAGGAAAUAGCAGCAGCUGCUGGCCAACAAAUACGAAAACGUAUGGGUGGUAUUGGUUCUUGGCUCCUAUUGUCGGCAGGCAGCAAAUGAAGAUAACACAGUUAUUUUCAUUUUCAAAACAUCAGUAGAUGUUCCAAAUUGAUAUGUACUCAGAUUGUCGGGAGGAGAAGAGUUAAUUUUUACCCUCUGAUGCA